GCAGGGUGGUGCCAGAGACAGGGAAAGGUAUAAAGGUCACAGCACAGAAUGACAGAGACGUGAUCUCUGAAAUUCUGAGAAGCGCCCCAUUUCCUCUUUGCUGUCUCCAGUAAAACGUCACCUUGACCAUGAAGGCAACUGUUUUUUUCCUGCUCCUCUCCCUGGCACUCUGCUGCUACCAAGGAAAUGCUGAGACGGGUGGAGCUGCUGGCCCAGGAAUAGAGGCAAGUUGUGGCAAUUAUGACCUAAGAAGAGGUUGUACAAAGAUCUUUGAUCCCGUCUGUGGCAUGGACAACUUCCUAUACGGCAAUGAGUGUCUGUUGUGCUUUCAUAACCUGAAAAGAAACACUAACGUGCGCAUAAAGAACAGGGGAAUGUGCCAAUAGCCUUCUCAGCGCUCCGAGACUGCUCAAAACUAAAAGGUGCAACCGUCCCGGAGAAGACAGCACAAAGCUCUCCCUCCCCUAUACAAACGCCUAAUAAAACUGAAGCAUUGCCAUGU